AUGCUUACUGCAUCUCCAACUCAUAUAUUACAAACCGAAUCAACGGAUACAAUUAGUCAUAUUGUAUUAAAAGCACCACGUGCACAUGUUAUAGAAAGUAAUGGUGAUGGAUUUGGUUCUUAUAUUGAACGUUUAAUAAAUGUUGCUCAUACAACACAUCAAUCAUUUCCUAAUCUUAUGCAUACAUUAAAUGAUUUAAUUAAUUUUAUUCACAAAGAACUUGAACGAACUUAUGAUAAAUAUCAAUUUUCAAUUAUUGCAGGCAAUCAGUUUGAUCAUGAACAAAUUUUAUCAAGUCAUUUUGCUUUAAUUGAACAUACUGGAAUAAAAAUUCUUAUUUUUUCAUCAAUUGGUUGUUCAUAUAAAAUAAUAUCAACAACAACAACAGAUAAUAUUGAUGAUAAUACAAGAUCGUUACCGUGGUAG